AUGUCUACUGUUAAUUUGACAAAGGUUGGCAAAUUUUAUUCAAUUUCACUUUUUGUGGAGCAAAAUAUCAAGGUAACUGAACAAAUGAAACAUCGAGCUGAACAAUUUACCUGGUUACUUGUAAGUCUUGCUUCUCAUAUCAUCGAAAUACCGACUAAAACGAUGAAUCUCUUUCAAGAUAUUAAUGGAAUAGGACAUUAUAUUCAUUCAGAACAUAGUUUGGAUUUUAUUAAUGAUAUGCAAAUUAUUGCUGUUGAAUUUUUACCUAAUAAAGAUUUAUUUCUUCAACAAUUUACUUUUAGUAAUUGGUUCUAA